ACGCCUCUUCGUCUGCCGGCGCUGCUGCAUCGCUCAUUGCAUUCCUCCGUCGGGUGAAAUAAAGGACGUAAGCAGCCACGGUGAAUUUUUUUUGGCAAAUUGAUGACUUAACUCCUUCCAAACCAAAACGCAAACCCGUCCUCGGCUUAGGUCAGACUACAAUAAUACAAGAGAUCGUUCUCUCCAACCGUGAUCUGGAAGAUGUCCGUCAUCUCAGUUUAAAAAACGUCAAGAACACCACAAUAAGUAAUCCGGAGCGAAUGAGCAUCCGUGAGAUGACAUCAGCCCGUGGCCACUCAGCUCAAACAUCUCUAUCAAAUCAAAUCCAAGCAGGAAAAUAAAUCCAGCCAUCCGUUGGGGAAGCCAUAGCUCCUCCUAAAUGGCCAGAGGGCUCCAAGGGUGUCUUUGAGUGUACCAGAGGAUACGAUCACAAACAUGAGUAGCCCACCUAGCCUCCAGGGACUGAGGGGGAGCAGCACGGGCCAAGAGAUGCGGAACAAGACCCAGAUCCCGCGGUCACACACCGGCGACGCCAACGCCAACCAGCCAUGCCUGCCGGGGGGCCAGGGAGAGCGAGGGGUCCUGGGGGAGGACGGCUACCCCACCAGACGCCAACAGAACGUCAUCCCCCACGGUGAGGCCCAACAGGGGGUCCAGCUGUCCCAGUACCGGUACCCAAUGACCAAGGACGAGCAGGAAGGGGACCAGGACUUUGACGACGGGGGGAGUUUAAGAGACGGAAAAGACGAAGAAGGGCCGAUGUCCAUAUCCUCCAGCUCCGCCGCCAGCUCAGCCUCGCUCGGCGGGAAGAGGAACGACAACGAGGGUGACCAGGGCGGAGGGUCGCGCCACGAACGACGGACCCAGGGAAGGCACACCAGCCACAGCUCUGAAGAGCUUGACGCGUGCGCGGACAGCCCGGGGGAGAGGGGGGAGGUGACGCCUGCGAGCCGAGGCAGGGAGCGGGAGAGGCGGAGGCAGGGAAGUCUCAAGGAGUCCAAGUCCGAGACCAAUGUGUUCGCCUCCAGCUGUCUGACGGCCGUCUCUCUGAGCGGAAGUCUGGCCAGUGCGCUGGAUGUCAGUGGCGUGGCGCCGCUCCCUCCUCCCAACUCCAACACCAGCCACCAGCCCAGCACGCACGACGCUACCUCAGCUCAGACCAGGAGGAGGGCGCCCGCUGUUGAUUCCAACCAGAACUCCUCUCCCGCCCCGCUGCACCGGGGCCAGGAGGAUCUGCAGGGUCACCACCUCAACCAGGGCUGGAGGCAGGAGGACGGGUGUCGCUAUGGGAACGGGCUCUCAUCCUCAGACGCAAGACUGGGCCUCCGGAGGAAGGGCGGUUUCGAGGAGAGGGUGUUACCGCCUCGGCGGCAGCAGUUGGUCCGUCCGCUCUGUCAGAGCGAGACAGGGAGGGGGUGGGGCUUAGCCGAGCCAAUUGCCACAGCUGCGCAGAGGGAGCCUGAGCAGGCGGAUUGUCAGAGUCAGGGGACCAACAAGAGGUUCCUGAAAUCAGCCUUACGCGAACCCUCAGACGUCUCUCACCUGUACAACCUCCAGAUGCUCUCUCAACGGAGACAGUCCAGAGAGCUAGCCUCCAUCGAGGCCCAGUCUCUGGACAGACAUCCGUCCACCGCGAGGCGUACCUCCAGCCCUUCCAAACCGCCUCCCAGCGCAGAGAACAGAGCUCAGGCCCAACUCACGUACAGGAGGAACUGCUCCAGCCCCAACAGGUCCACGAUCGGAGCCAGGACGUCCACGCCUCCUCACUCUCCUCUCAGGACUCCCCAGGGAUCUCCACGCAGGCAGCCCUCCAUGUUCCUCGUCUCCAGGACUGCCUCAGGGCCUCGACACCCCCAGCCCCCUCCUGGGACCAACCCUGCUGUCGAGGCGUCGUCUCAGGGUACCAACACCGGGGGUCUGAGACCCCCGGUUAAAACCAACAUCAGCACAAGUGGAAUCCCCAAAGCGCCUGCCAACCACCACCAGCAUCAGCAGCAGCAGAGCUCCCCGAACCGUUACCCCCACACAAACCCCAGAGAGACCCCCCCGUCCCCCAAGGGGAACCUGAAACCCAAGGGCGUGCGUCCCAAGAUCAUCACCUCCGUGCGCAAGAGUCCCCAGAUCAGGGCUCAGGCGGUGGACGGGUCUUACCAGGUGUCCUCUCUACCCUCCAGGCUCACCGCGUACUCCCACACCCAGACCAGCCCCCCCGAGGCCCCCCAGCGAGACUCCCCCCCGGACGCCUCCUCCGGGGUCCGGGGCCCGGCGGUCUUCAGCGCCUCCAACCUCCUCUACGAGAGGUACCGCCAGGAGGUCCAGUCCAACAUGUUCCCUCCACAGGGAGCCAUGAGAGGCGGAGCGAGGGCUCCCCCCGGCCACACGCACACUCUGCCCACCACGCACACUCUGGCGGGGCCGCACGGACACCCCCAUAGUCACACGGCGCCGCCCAAGCUGGCCGGCAAGGGAGACCACUUUUACGGGACAUCGAGUGACAAGAGUGCCCCCCCAGAGACGGGCAGACCAGCCAGCUUUGGAGGACUCUCCAGCGAUGACACCAAGAUGGCUGCCCAGGUGGGAGGAACAGGAAGUCUGCUGCGCUCAGGGAGGGGCCUCCGACUGGGCUUGGGAGCCGUUGCCAGGACAACCACUGGCUCAGUCAAGGGAAGGGGGCCUGCACAGGCUCAAAGGUCAAGUCUAGUCUUCAGCCAAUCGGUUCAGGCUAUGAGUCGCGUGGGCAGUCAAAAAAGCCAAGAAGAGGACCAGAGUGCCGCUGCCCCGCCGACCCACCCUGCCCCAGCCCCGGCUCCAGCCAACCCCCAGCUCCAGAACCAGCUCCAGACCCAGCUCCAGACCCAGACCCAGACCCAGACCCAGACCCAGACCCAGACCCAGCUCCAGCCCCCGAUCCAGACCCAGACCCAGCUCCAGACCCAGCUCCAGACCCAGCUCCAGACCCAGACCCAGACCCAGACCCAGACCCAGACCCAGCUCCAGCUCCAGACCCAGCUCCAGACCCAGCUCCAGACCCAGCUCCAGACCCAGGCCUCCAGCAGGUCUCUGCAGCCCAGGGCCAGCCACUCAGGCCUGCGCGCCCCUGGGUUCACCUCUAGCGUGCGGCUGGGCCCCACGGGCCGGCUGGCAACCUUUGGCUUCGCGAGGAGCUCCAGCGUGUCGUCUGCGUCCUCGGCCCACUCGGCUGACAGCGCCAACAGCGCCCCCUCCAGGGCCACCCCGCGACUCAGUGUGAGUGAGGACCCUCCCGUACAGAGGGGUCCAGCAGCGGCGGCAGCAGCACAGCAGCAGAGCGAGGUCGGAGGUGGGGGUCCCCGCCUCAACAGCAGCGGUAGCAUCCAGCCCCCGUCCACCCCAGCCCUGCACCGCCGCUACCUGCCUGCCCAGCCCCGCAGCUCCCCUGCAGUUGGCAGGAAGGAGUUUCAGUGGAGUUCAGAGGUCACCCGCUCCCUUCCUUCGUCUCCCAAGAGGUUAGCUGUGGUCCCGCCCAAACCCCAAUCACCAGUCCAGGCCCGCCAGCGCCCAGCGGCCGCCAUCAGGGGGUCGGUGCCCCCCGGCUCCCCUCGCCGCGUCGCCCCCUUCAGACCCCAGCAGGAGCAGCAGGAGAACCUGCAGCGAGAGAAGGAGGAGGCGCAGCGAAGGCAGAGGGAGAAGGAGGUGGAGGAGAGGGAGAAGAAGGAGCAGAGGGAGGAGGUCCAGAGGCUGCAGGGCCGCUAUGAGCAGCAGGAGAGGCAGCUGUCGGCUCUGAGGGAGGAGUUGAAGAAGACCACCCUGGGGCUGCAGGCCUUCAUCGUCACCACACAGCACUACUGCCUGAAGACGGACCACGCAGAGGAGAAAGAAAAGGAACUCUGUUUGGAGGUGCAGAGGAUCAAAGAGGAACUGGCAUGCAACUGGGCUCGCUGGCAGCGGCUGCAGUGCGAGAAGACGGCGUUGGAGGUGGCCUUCGAGCGGGAGCUGCAGGAGGUGCAGAGGCAGCAGGAGCAGGAGCUGGCGGCGGUGGAGCUGGGCCUGAGGAGGUGCCACGCGGCGGAGACGGAGACCCUGAAGGAGGAGCAGCGGUCCGUGGUGCAGGAGCUCCGCGCUCAGCAGCAGGAGCAGAUGGAGGAAAUGACCGUUAAUCACCAGGCAGCCACCCUGGAACUGCGUGACAUGCAUAAUGUCACCAUGGCAACGCUUCACGAGGAGCACGCCCACACAAUAAAAGAUCUGAGGAAAGCCCACGAGCAGCAGAAGAUGAUGUUAGAACAAGACUUUGAAAUACUCAGACUGUCUCUCCAGGACCAGGUGGACACCCUGACCUUCCAGAGCCAGAGUCUGAGGGAGAAGGCCCAGCGCUUUGAGGAGGCCCUCAGAAGGAGCACUGAUGAGCAGAUUGUGGAGGCCUUGGCUCCUUAUCAACAUAUCGAGGAAGACCUGCGGAGCCUGAAGGAGGUGGUGGAGAUGAAGAACCUGCAGAUCCACCAGCAGGAGCAGAAGAUCUCUGACCUGGAGAAGGUGGCCCAGAAGAACGUGUUCCUGGAGGACAAGGUGCAGGUGCUGCAGCAGCAGAACGAGGACCUGAAGGCCCGCAUCGACAACAACCUCUCUCUGUCCAGGCAGCUGUCGGAGGAGAACGCCAACCUGCACGAGACGGUGGAGAAGGAGAGCACGGAGAAGAAGCGCCUGAGCCGCAACAACGACGAGCUGCUGUGGCGCCUGCAGACCAGCCCGCUGGCGUCGCCCGGCUCCUCCCCCCUCCACCGCUCCUUCUCCACCUCCCCCGCCCCCUCCUCCCCCUUCCUCGUCUCCUCCCCCUUCCUCUCCUCCUGCGACUCCCCCACUCACUGUCACGGCUGCCCGCAGUCCGCGCACCCCGCGCAGUACUACGCCUCGCCCUCCCAUCGCGCGGCCAAUCAGAAUUACUCGCCGGGCCCGGCCACGCCCACUCACACCAGGGCCGUGGGGAAUCUCAAUUACUCCCCCGGUCCGGCCACGCCCACUCACAGGGCCGCAGCCAAUCAGAAUUACUCCCCGGGUCCGGCCACGCCCACUCACAGAGCUUCAGCCAAUCACUGUUCUCCAGCAGCUGUUCUGAACACCCUUCAGAGAUAAGCUUCCCCUAUACUUAACUAUCUCUCUCUCCCCCCGCCUCCCCCAAAGCUCCCUUGUUAUCUUGUCUUCCUCCCCUGUCCUUCCCCCAUUACCUCUUGACCAUAUACACAUAUUGUACUCAAUCGAUCAAUCUAUUGAUGGAUGGAGAUGUAUUUAAUAUCAGUGAUCGGUGAUGUAACUGGAGCAAGACGAGAGAGCAGGUGUGACAUCACGGGAACGGAGUGAGGUCGUCUUUGGACAGAAUGGCCUGGACCGCGACCAGGUCCCAACGGUUCUGACAGCCACCCUGUUGCCCCCUUCUAGGCGCCAAGUGGACAGACGGGACUGUAAAUAUGGGUUGUAGUGAGAGCUAGCUUGCAUGGGCAUGUUGACCCCUACGCUGAAACAAAACAGAACAGUGAUCUGUGGUACUUCUUCUCGAUCGAACAGGAUCACAUAAACAGGGUAGAUCGAUUCUUUCUCAUCCAGAGAAUAAAAAUAGGAAACUGUUUCGGAAUUUAUCGCAGUUCCACUAAGAGACAGAAUGUUUUUAGUCUCCUGGAGGACUCCCUAACUAAGCGCCUUACACACAGUCUCUGCUCUGUCACCAGCAGAAUAGGAUUCAUUUUUAGUGCACACACAAUGUUUACUAUUUACAACUUUACAACAAAAAGUACAACUUUACUAAUCAGAGCGGUGUGUCUUGGAAGCCUACUUUAGGCGCAUUCAAACUUUCUAAGCCAGUUUGUACUAACUGUGUUACUUUAAAGUAUUUGUACCUUCAUCAAAUAUAACCACGACGGGCGGCCCAGUCACCCCAACCAAUGGGCAUAUCUCUGGUGUUUAACUAUGUUUUAAACCUGCCAGGUCUUCCUACAGCAUCAUUUUCCAGUCAACCCCUCAGGGCAACCUGCGCAAACUUCUGUCCGCCAUUUUGUAUUUGACCUCAACAAGGAAGGUGUAGUGGUUGAUGUGUAGCUCAACACAGCCUCUGGAAAACUCAGAGUCUGUUCCAGCUGCCGUUUAUCCAACGUUGAUGUUGUUUGUUUUAUAAUGUAGUAUUUAUACUGUUUAUUAUUGUUACACGUUUAUUUGGGACUUAAGCAUGUACUAGAACGUGUUGUGUUGUAAAAGUGUCUGUGAUUUGUCUCGAUAUCAAGCGUAUUAAGCUAUAGAGUUGGUGGGAGGAGGGGGGGUGGGGUACAGGUUGAUAUAAAUCACAUUGUAUAGGGUUAUGAUGUUGGACAUGAGAGAAGAGGAAGUCCAUUAAGCUAGGGGAAAUGCGUUCAUUUCCAGCAAUGUUGGAUACUUUUCUGUCCUUGGAUCGUUUUUAUGUUUAAGGAUAAAAGUUUCUUCAUUAGCUGUCUAGGUCACCAUGGCCACUUUAAUAAUGACUAAAUACAUUUUUCAAACCUUUAUCAACCUCAAUAUAAACGAAUGAGCAACAAAUGCAAAGAAGCA